UGAAAGGCUUAAGUUAGUUGGGGCGUCCCCUGAAAUGAAAUCCUUCAUGAGAUCUUGGAAUUGGAACGAACGUACGUGUCUCCGAUGGCUUCCUCUUACCGUGACCGCACCUCGGAGUUCCGGUUACUGUCGGAGACUCUGAAGAAGAUCGAAGGAGGGACCUCACCUUCGGUUCAACCCGAGAUUGCUUCUUCCACCUCUCACGAUUCCUAUUCAAGAUCUGAAUUCAACCGAAAGGCCUCACGAAUCGGGUUGGGGAUAAAUGAAACCUCACAGAAGGUGGCGAGGCUCGCGCAGCUGGCGAGGAGGUCGUCCAUGUUCAACGAUCCGGCCGUGGAGAUUCAGGAGCUGACUGUGCUGAUUAAGAACGAGAUCACGGCGCUCAAUUCGGCUCUCUCCGAUUUGCAAGCCAUUCAGAACAUGGACAUGGCUGAUGGAAGUUACUCGCAGGAUAGGAUUGUGCAUUCAACCGCGGUUUGUGAUGACUUGAAGAGCAAACUUAUGGGAGCCACGAAGCAUCUUCAAGAUGUCUUAACUGCUAGGACAGAGAAUAUCAAGGCUCACGAGAGCAGGAAGCAGAUUUUUUCCAAGAAUGCAUCAAGGGAGAACCCUUUCCAGCAUCAACCAAAGCCAGCUACUGAGCCGCCUCCUUGGUCAAAUUCAUCGAAUGCAUAUGACAAUCUGCAACAAGAAUCGGUAUUACCAUCAAAUGGAGCUCCUGUUAGCAAUCAACUAAGACGAAGGUUGGCAGUGGACAACACUCCAACUCAGCAAAUGGAAAUGUCUAUGGUGCAGCAGGUUGUUCCUCGGCAAGAAAACUACACUCAAAGUAGGUCAACUGCUCUGCACAAUGUGGAGUCUACCAUCACAGAACUUAGUGGGAUUUUCUCGCAUUUGGCUACAAUGGUUGCCCAUCAAGGGGAGCUUGCUAUCAGGAUUGAUGACAACAUGGAUGAGUCAUUGGCGAAUGUUGAAGGAGCUCACAGCUCUUUAUUGAGGCAUCUCAACCGAAUAUCAUCAAAUAGGUGGCUUCUAAUAAAGAUAUUUGCCGUUCUGAUACUUUUCCUCUUGAUCUUCAUAUUCUUUGUGGCCUAAUAUACUUACAUGUGCUAAUCAUGGAAGUUUUACUUCACGGCUUGGGUUUGUCUUCGUUCUUCCGUGGAGACAAAAUAACAACAGCAGCAAAGUGUGCGGAUGUAUUCUAUUUGCAUGUAAAUAGAGCUCCGUUAUCUGUAAACUUUUUUCAUUCCCAUAUUCUUUGAUGUUAUUAUAGGUGUUAUUAAAAUUUCGUUCCUCGUGGACGCCCCAAAUUAAGCAGAUUGAGUAAGAAAUAUACGAGUGUUUGGCAACUGAUGUAAGAUUCGCAAUAAUUUUUUUUUUAAAGUGAGGGAUUUUAUAAGAUGCAAUUAAGAGGGAGAAAGAAAAUAUCCCGUUUCUAGAUACCGUAUAGGACGAGUUAUGGUAGCAUACCAGAAGUCUUUGUUCAAUUACCUGACAAUGUAAACCCUUUGAUAUUGUAAUAUCAUAAUUGAUUUUGUUCUUAAA